UCACCUUUUCCACCCUUCCUUAAGGGGAUGGAGAUGUAGAGUAGUGCAUGAAUGAAUUUUGUGUUUCUUAGUUCACUGGAUUAAGUUUUUAGAAGAGCACGUUAAUUGCGAAUUCAACCCGGUAUAUCGUUUUGAGCUAUGGCACAGAGGGGAACGAAUGUGUUUCUUGGCUUUGACGACGAGGUUAUCUCUGAAAAAUACAAAAGCCAGGUUAACUUUUCGACCAACAAGCUGGGAGGGAAACCUGACUGGCCUAUUGAUGGUGUUACCUCACCGCUUUGCAAGCUUUGUGGCCUUCCUCCUCCCCUCAUUUUGCAAAUUUAUGCCCCACUCGAAAAUUCUCCAUAUCAUCGGACACUAUACCUUUUUGGGUGCCUCAGCCCUAACUGUUGGAAUCAGAAUGAAAGCUGGAUUUGUCUCCGCAGCCAAGUAUUGGACAAUUGCUCUAAGGAACAGGCCUCUAAAACAACAUCUUCAGCUACUGUUGCAUUGAGUGCCUCUGAUUGGUGUGCAGAUGCUGACGAUUGGGAUGAAGAUGUAGAAAAUGGGAACCUUGUUGCUGCGCCUGAAAGAAAUGAUUUAUCUGAUGGCGAAUGUGAUCAUAGUUACAACACCUGCACUACCAGUGGUUCUCCUGAUUCAGCUGAUGAUGUAGAUGAUGUCCUUGAUGUUGAUGGUCAAUCCACUGUUUCUCUUAGUACCCAACUGGGUAAAAUGCGAAUGGAUGCAGUUUCUCAAAGGGAUGCUAAUUUUAAUGCAUCAUGGAACAAAGGACGACUUGAAGGUGCUCGAGCAAAUGCACAUUCUCCCCAGGCAUCUGCUGAAAUUGAGGGUGAUGAGAGUGAACUGGUGUCUAUCGACACUCCAACUGGACCUCAGUUAGACCUUCAUGCUUUACUUAAAGAGUCUGCUCCAUUACCGAAGGACAUAAGAAAUGCACAAUUUACACCUUUUUUUAUAUGUGUUACAGAAGAAGACUCAAAGAGGCGCGAAACUGAAGUUUCAAGUCAUGUGCGUUUACUUUUGGCUGAGUACCAACAAAAUCAAGGACAAGCCUUUGAGUCUGAUGCACAGGAAGCUGUUAGUGGCUGUGCUGGAGGUGAUGUAGAAAAGUAUGAACAGUCAAUUCCUGCACACGGAGAUAUUCUGUUUCAUCGGUUUCUGCAACAUAUACAACAAGCUCCUGGUCAAAUUCUGAGGUACUGUCGAGAAGGAGGUGUUCCCCUUCCUAUUGCCCCACUGGCGGAUAUUCCAUCUACAUGCUCAUAUUGCCAAGGAGAAAUGAUUUUUGAACUUCAGGUGCUUCCUUCGAUCAUUCCCAAGCUUAGACUACAAGUUCAGGGUGGAGGAGAUAUUUAUGGAAGUCACAUUGAGUUUGGAACUGUUUUAAUUUGGACUUGUCGCCAAAGUUGUUGGGCUGUUGGUGAUAAUGUUCGAGAAGAAAAAGUAGUUGUGCAAGCGGAAAGGUUUUAGUGCAGAUCUCAAUAUGUAGGAAUUCUAAGGCAUUUAAGGCAUCUAUCUUAACUAGGUAUGCAUUACUUUGUAAUGGCUGUGUAAAAAAACAAAAGAAAAGCCUGUGUUUCACUUACAGAUUUUUUCAGGCAUUAUACACAUUCCUAUAUGUUUCAAUACUUUUGUUUUAUGUAUAUGUACUCUAAACUCUAUGAAGUAGAGUAGUUCAAAAUGAAGGAUAUGUGACGAAUUCCUGUUUACUUAUUACCUGAAGUAUGUCGGAAACAUACUGACUAUGCAUUCAUUUCUUAAGAGCAUUUUUCCAUUUUUGAAGGAUACCUCUCUUUAGAAUGGCCGCUGUCCAAAUGAUCUUUACUGCCAUGAAAUGGCUCUAUCGUUGGCGCAUAUUACUUAACAAUUAAUAAACAUUUGGCAGAUGCAGAUUUUCUUUAACAUCCAUUAAUUAAAUUUUGCUUUAACUGUUUUGUAGUUUGACGCAUUACUUUUUUUUUGUACCAUACCAUAGAUUCCAUUGUUUUACUUAGGUUUACUUGCAAUUUAUGCUGUUUGCAGUAGUGUGUCUUACUCCUGCAAACAAUAUUUUAAAUCACAGCAGUGUAUUGUGAUCUUCAGUCCAGCUGUCUUCUUUUUUCAUGUUAGCUGUAAAUGAUGAUUUUCUGAAUCAUGUUUUGUCCUUUGGCCAGUUAACCCUGUGCUUUUGUUUUCUAGUCAAGCAUUUAGCUGUUCAGGGAAAAUAGUACAAUUGUUCUCAUUUAUAAUAAUAAUAAUGUUCUUGUCUUAAAACAGUUAAGAAAUAAUCUUUUCUCAGUUGUGGACCUUUUUUUGUUUGAGAGGAACCUUGACUUCAUUGCCAUUGUGUGAGUUAGUCUCUCACUUUAACUGUGAUAUAUGUGACAAAUGACAGAAUUAUUUCAUUGUGGCUAUUCCCUGUGAGUUGUAUUACCAUCAAUGGUUUCAUCACACUGUUGUAUUGGGGAAUCAAAGGAAUACCUAUUUAUUAAAAAAGAAAAGAAAAAGGUUGUGCCACAAGACUUUAAAUAAACCUAGUUUUGUGGUGUGAUAGCCAAGUUCUGUUCUAUAUGUGGUGAAAUGGAAAUGCUGUGCAUUUAUGGAAAACUAUCUGUGCUGUUGAUAAAUGUUAAUUAAUUAUUUGUGUUUUACUGAUACUUCCUGAUGGAUGAACUUUGAUGGAGGUGUUACUUUGUAUCUGAAGGCUCAGCUAGUUUCAGGUACUGUGAUUUUAUCUAAAAGCUGACAGUGAGAGACUUGGAAAUUCUUUGAUGGUUCCUCUGAUUGAGUACAAACACUCUCUUUGAAAUUUGAUAUGCAAAGUACAUGGUGUCUAUUCCGUUACCAGUAGAAAUCCAAGGCAAAUAUGUAGUCGUCUAUUAUAUACCUAAAUGCUGGAUUAGUUUUUAUGCUGAUUGACAAGUCAUAACUCUUUAUGUAAUUAAAUAGUUUGAAAUUAUAAAACUGUGUUAAUUAUCUUUGUUCUACCUUAUCCUCUGACUGUAAAUGUUAACCAUUUUACUGUCUAAAGUAAGUGUUACAGUGACCUAUACCUUGACAUGUUUAUUGUCAUGGUAGUACAUGAACGCUAUUCUUUUGUUUCCCUGCAGAAGAACAAAAUCGAUGUUGAAAUAAAGAUUAUUACCUUACCAAUGCAA